AUGAUGACCAUGGUGUUUGCAGUGGAGGAAAUUAACCGUAAUUCAAGCCUGUUACCAGGUGUUAAACUAGGCUACCGAAUCAUGGACAGCUGUGACCAUAUCCACACCAGCCUGCAAGCUCUUUUCUCUUUAGUCACUCACUCUACAGCAGAAAAUGUAACAGAGGAGAGAAUGGAUAGGAGUACACAACCUGAAACUUUGCCCUCAUGUCUGGCUGAUUCUCCUGUGUCUGCUGUGAUCGGCCUUGCAUCUUCUUCCCCUACAAGAGCUGUAGCUCAGGUGCUUGGCCCUUUCAACCUCCCACUGGUGAGUUAUUUUGCCACUUGCACGUGCCUUACUGACAAGCGUAUGUACCCGUCAUUCUUGCGGACCGUGCCGAGUGAUCUCUUUCAAGUUAGAGGUCUUGUUCAGCUGGUCACCUUCUUAGGCUGGUUCUGGGUGGGCACAAUAGAGACCACGGAUGACUACAGUCACUAUGGAAUCCAAGCAUUCACUAAUCAGUUUAAACAACAAGGUGGGUGUCUGGCAUUUCAUCUGACUAUCCCCAAAUCACCCACAGUGACUGAAAUACAAGAAAUGGCAGACAGGCUGCAGAGUUCAACCGCACAGGUAGUGGUGGUCUUUGCUUCUGAGGUACAGCUGCUGGAACUAUUGUUAGAGGGCACACUGGGCUUCUCUUUCCCUGGAGUUAGUAUUCCUGGCUUAAAAGAGUUUUUGUUGAAUGUCUGCCCUUCUCCCAAACCUGGGAUGGAAUUUGUCAACAUGUUCUGGGAAGAGCUGUUUGGCUGUAGGCUUGAGUUUAGUUCAGACUCUCAAAACAAUUCAACAUACAGCACAUUCAAGGCGUCAGAUGAUGAAAAGCCUAUAUGCACUGGUUCAGAGGAUCUGAGGUACACUGACAGCAGUUAUACUAAUGUAUCCCCGGUCAGAAUAUCUUAUAAUGUGUAUAAAGCUGUAUACGCAAUUGCCCAUGCUCUGCACACUUUAUUGAACUGUGGUUCUGAAGGAUAUGAGGGACUGUGUGAGAAACAUAAAUCAUUUACUACUAGGCAGUUACUGCAUCAUCUGAAGAUGGUGAAUUUCACCAACCAGUUUGAAGAGAAAGUAUAUUUUGACUCCAAUGGAGAGCCGGUCCCCCUCUAUGAUAUCAUUAACUGGCAGAAGGACAGCAAGGGUGAAAUUAGAUUUGUCAAAGUGGGAAGCUAUGAUGGCUCGGCUCCAAUGAAACAACAGUUGCAGAUGGAGCAGAGCGCCAUUGUAUGGACAAAAGGACAGUCACAGGUGCCUGUAUCUCAAUGUAGCGCUCCAUGCUCCCCUGGCAGCCGGCAGGCCAGACGUCCCGGAAAGCCCCACUGCUGCUUUGAUUGUUUGCCCUGUGCAGAUGGAGAGAUAAGCAACCAGACUGGUUCCACGGAGUGCACAAAAUGUCCUGAGUACUACUGGUCAGACAAAGACAAGGUGAAAUGUGUGGCCGGGGUUGAAGAAUUCCUGUCUUUCUACGACACCAUGGGCAUCAUCCUGGUUGCACUCACACUGCUGGGUGUCAUCCUGACAAUCGUCAUCACUAGUGUCUUUCACCGUUUCCGCUCCACACCAAUUGUCAAGGCCAACAACUCAGAAAUAAGUUUCUUAUUACUCCUGUCGCUCAAGCUCUGCUUCCUGUGUUCCCUGGUGUUCAUUGGCCAGCCAUCUGUAUGGACAUGUAGGCUCCGCCAGGCGGCAUUCGGGAUCAGCUUUGUCCUCUGUCUGUCCUGCCUCCUUGUUAAGACCAUUGUGGUUCUCUUGGCUUUCCGGGCUAGUGCACCUGGUUCCAGAGCUGUGAAGCUGUUUGGUCCCUCUCAACAGAGGACUCUAAUCCUGUGCACCACAGCUCCUCAGUUUUGUCUCUGUGCUGGCUGGCUGUUGGGUGCGCCUCCCUUCCCAUUCAGGAACCCAACCUACCAAGCCUCAACUGGAAAAAUUGUUGUGGAGUGUAAGGAACCAUGGCCUCCUGGCUUUUAUCUGGUCCUGGGCUACAUUGGCCUAUUGGCCUUCCUCUGCCUCCUCCUCGCGUUCCUCGGACGCAAACUACCUGAUACGUUCAAUGAGGCCAAGCUCAUCACCUUCAGCAUGCUGAUCUUCUGGGCCGUGUGGAUCUCUUUCAUUCCAGCUUAUGUCAGCUCUCCUGGGAAGUUCACUGUGGCUGUGGAAGUAUUUGCUAUAUUAUCCUCCAGUUUUGGACUGUUACUGUGUAUUUUUGUGCCCAAAUGUUACAUCAUUUUAGUGCAGCCUGAGAGAAACAUUAAGAAAGGAAUGACUGGGAAACAUGUCAAAUGA